AUGAGAAAUGAUAGUCAAUUUCUGUCUUUCUCGUCAAGUACCUCUUCAACUAGGUCGGACGUCCACCUGAGUGUGAGCGGAUAUUUGAUAGACUCUGUGAUUCAUACACAGAAGCCGGUAAGCAAUUACCCCCGAACAUGCCUGACCUUGUUCGGACAUGGGGACGAGGCGAUUCACAUGCCAGGCUUUAUCACGGAUUCAUAUUAUGAUGUGAUGUUAUUACAUGGCCAAAAUAGUUGGUUAUGCCAGGUUUCAGUUUCUGGAUCUAAUAAACUAUGUCUUCUAGGCCUAGGUGUAGGCCAGACUGCUUGGUUCGAGGACCCCUUGGUCAAAGGAAAGAUGGAAAGAGGGGAGUUGGCUGAAAAAGAUGGACAGUAA